AUGUUUAAUUCCUUUUUUAAGAGAAAAGCGCCUGAACUGGAAGCGCCCAAUGGGGGAAAUGAAAACACAGAGGGAGCAAAUCCGAAGGGAAUAAACCACCAUGGUGAUGGCGAAGGGGGCUAUGCGAUGCAGGAUGAUGGACCCGCUAACGAUGGCAGGAAAAGAAAACAACAAACGGGAAGAGAACAUAAAGACGAGGGGGAAUACAUCCGCGAGGAAUCAAAUGAUGUUUUUCUUAAAAAAAGGAAGGAUGGAAAAAUGGACCUCCAACCCAGUGAUGCAAAUCGUAGUAGUGACGCUAACUCGCCUGACCUGCGCUGUGCGAACAGGGAGGAAAUGAAGGACAGGCAGUCGAAUGCCAUCCUUGGCAGCAUCAACGAUGUUGUGAAUGCGGAGGGGAGCUCCAGCUCGUGCGCGAAGUCGGAAAGGAGUCGAGACGGGCACAGGCGCAAGCGCAGGAGGAGGGGCAGCAGCGGGAGCAGCAGCGGGAGAAGCCGAAGUCGGAAUCGAAGCCGAAGCCGAAGCAGGAGUCGGCACAGGAGGAGGCGCAGAAGCCGAGACAGGCACAGGCACCGGCACAGACAUCGGCACAGGAGCAGGAGCGGGGGCAAGGGGAGCGACGGAAGCAGCGACGGGGAGAGGGACCGCGACAGGCAUAGACACAGGCACAGACAUAGGCACCGACACAGAGAUCGCGACAGAGAUCGAGACCACGACCGCGACCGCAACCGCGACAGGCACAGACACAAACACAGGCGCCGGAGCCGCAGUCGCAGCAGGCACAGGCGCAGGGACAGGGACGGCAGCACGAAGAGGCUCUCCAGCGGGAGGCACGACAGAAGCAGCCUAGGCAGUGCGGCAAACUCUGAAACUCAGGACAGGCGUGCCAGGAGGAACAGCUCCCCCGGCAGCGACAGCAUCGAUGGUAGAUACAAUGACGUAACAAAACGGAAUGGCAGAAACACACAUAAUGAUGGAGACCCUUCUGGGGGGUACAAUUUAGAGGACAAUGCUAACCGUCAUGGAAGUGCAAACGAUAGACUUGCUGUAGAACAGCAACACUUAAAGGAAAGUAGAAACUAUAGUGACUCCUCUGAUGGGGAAAAUUUGGAAGAUUUGUCCGAAGGGGAAAUGUUAAAAAGAGUUAUGGGGAUAAGUGAAUUCAGCACGACAGACAACAAAUGUCACAACCAGACGGACCUGUCUGGCAUUAACCGACGGACGAAAAGGAAGUACCGCCAGUAUAUGAACAGGCGGGGCGGCUUCAACAGGCCUCUCUCCCCCGCCUUUUAG